UUGCCCUCCCCCAAUUCCCCCAAUACAAUCUUUAAAAAAAAAAAAGACAAGCCUUAAGAGGUGAGAGAAAGAGCUGAGACUUACCCUGGCUGAGGCUCUACAAACCACCCUGUACCCCCCACCACCCUCUGGAGGACACAUCCCCACCGGAGCUAUGCCAGCAUGCACAGGCAAGACAUGUGCUGGACCAUACAAGUCUGCACAUGGGGCAUGCGUAAAGACACACAUACACACUCCUGUGUUCCUGAAGUCAGUGUGUGUGUAUGUGUGUGUGUGUGUGUGUGUAUGUAUAUGUGCACAUACACAUAUGACCAGGUGACCAGAGCUGGGAUCCAGCUGUGUGUGGGGCCCUUCGGGACGUACGCCAGCCAAUGCCUGCUCCGACCACAGGGAAUGUCCACGUGGUUCAGGUGGUUGAGUAUUUUGCACCCCCUUCAGCACAUGUAUAAUUCCUUCCCCCUAUGUAUCCACAGCCUGCCCUCGGACAAGGACCCAAUGCCCAACCCCAGGCCAGCCAAGCCUUCAGCCCCUUCCUUGGUGCUCAGCCCAUCUCCAGGAGCCUCUGCCAGCUGGAGGGCUGCACCCAAAUCCUCAGACCUGCUGGGGACCAAGGGCCCGGGGGCAACCUUCCAGGGCCGGGACCUCCGAGGUGGGACCCAUGCCUCCUCCUCCUCCUUGAACCCCAUGCCACCAUCACAGCUGCAGCUGCCCACAGUGCCCCUCGUCAUGGUGGCACCCUCUGGAGCACGGCUGGGUCCCUCACCCCACUUGCAGGCACUCCUCCAGGACAGACCACACUUCAUGCACCAGCUCUCCACAGUGGAUGCCCAUUCCCGGACCCCUGUGCUACAGGUGCGCCCACUGGACAGCCCAGCUAUGAUCAGCCUCCCACCACCCACCGCUGCCACCGGGGUCUUCUCCCUCAAGGCCCGACCCGGCAUGCCACCUGGGAUCAACGUGGCCAGCCUGGAGUGGGUGUCCAGGGAACCAACACUGCUCUGCACCUUCCCAAGCCCCAGUGCACCCAGGAAAGACAGGUCAGUGGGCAGGACUGGGAAGGACCCUUGUCCUGCCAUUCCCUUCCCUGACACCCUCUGUCCUCCCAGCACCCUUUCGACCAUGCCCCAGGGCUCCUACUCACUGCUGGCAAAUGGCAUCUGCAAGUGGCCCGGAUGUGAGAAGGUCUUCGAGGAGCCAGAGGACUUUCUCAAGCACUGCCAGGCGGACCAUCUCCUGGAUGAGAAGGGCAGAGCGCAGUGUCUCCUCCAGAGGGAGGUGGUGCAGUCUCUGGAGCAGCAGCUGGUGCUGGAGAAGGAGAAGCUGGGUGCUAUGCAGGCCCACCUGGCUGGGAAGAUGGCCCUGACCAAGGCUCCAUCCGCGGUGUCAUCUGACAAGGGCUCCUGCUGCAUUGUAGCCUCUGGCACCCCAGGCACCACCGUCCCAGCUUGGUCUGGCCCCCAGGAGGGCCCCGAUGGCCUGUUUGCUGUGCGGAGGCAACUCUGGGGCAGCCAUGGACACAAUACAUUCCCAGAGUUCUUCCACAACAUGGACUACUUCAAGUUCCACAACAUGCGACCCCCUUUCACCUAUGCCACCCUCAUCCGCUGGGCCAUCCUGGAGGCUCCUGAGAAGCAGCGAACACUUAAUGAGAUCUAUCACUGGUUCACACGCAUGUUCGCCUUCUUUAGAAACCACCCUGCCACCUGGAAGAAUGCCAUCCGUCACAACCUGAGCCUGCACAAGUGCUUCGUACGGGUGGAGAGCGAGAAGGGAGCUGUGUGGACCGUGGAUGAGUUUGAGUUCCGUAAGAAGAGGAGCCAGAGGCCCAGCAGGUGUUCCAACCCUAUACCCGGCCCCUGACCUCAAAACCAAGGAAAGGAGGAAGGAAGGACAGGGGCCAAAAUGUGAGGCAGAAAUGGCCGGGGGCAGGGAUGACAGGCCCUGGACAUGCCCGCAGGGACCAAGAAGUGAGGUGUGCACUGUCUUGCCUGCCAGGGACACUGCUCCCCACUGAGUCACUCCCCUAGAUCAUAUGCUCUCUACCAAGGCUGCUCAGAGGGGCCCCAGCCCUGUACCCCCGCCCCGGCCCCAGUGACAGGCUCUCCAGGCAAACUGAGCCUUCACAAUCAACCACACACACAGCCUACACCAGUGAUUCACAGACAACCUCAGGC